AUGCUGUCCUCGGAGCGGGAGGGUGGGGGCGCGGCGCAGCGAGCCGAGACGGCAAAGAAGGACGUUGAGGUGGCCAUUGCGAAGGUGCAGAAGGCAGUGAAAGAGGCCGAAACUGCGGAGAAUCAGGCCGCUUCCGCCAUCAAGGACGCCAAGGAUGCAAAGGCGCUUGUCGAAGAGGCAUUGAAGAGUGCGGAGCAGGCGGCUGCGAAUGCCAACGAGGCGCAGAGGUACGCUUGGAACGCAGAGACGGCACUGAAACGAGCAGACACCGCAGUGAUUGAAGCCGCGAAGGAAGCGGCCAAGGCAAAAUCUGGGCAACACAGCGCUGUUACUGACGCGGAUAUGAAGGAGAUCAAAGCAGCACGGAGCAGUGUUUCCGCGGCAUUUGAGAGGGCAAAGGCGGGAGUGAAGAAGGCCAAGGAGGCAAUGGAGGAGGUUGGCAAGGCAAAGAAGCAGGCUGGGGGGGCGGAUACGCAGGCUGACAAGGCAGCGGAGCGGGCAGAGGCGGCACAGAAGGCGGCGAAGGAGCUGCUCGAGAGGGCGAAGGAGAUGGAGACCGCGGCACUGAAGGCGAGGACACAGACUGACGAGGAGCUGCAGCGGUUCAUCAGCGAUGUGACGGAUGCGGCGGUGACGGCCACGGGCAGCGGCAUUGCUGCGUGGUCGCGUCUGCUGCUGCCGCUUCUCUUGGGGGCGGCGUCCUGCGCGGCCGUGUGA